CUACCACGAAGUGCAAUUCCGAAAUUUCGGAUCGAUAUUUCGUGUGAUUCGUACCAUGAAAAACGUUCAUUCCGAAAUCGUGCCCGAAAACGGAGAAUAUCGUUUCGAUCGUCCCAAAUCGUACCAUGAAGUAUCCGUUCGUACGUGAUUAUGACGUUUUGACAGCACGUUUAUCGUGAUUUAAAGUGCGAAGUAGACGAAACCUAAAUAGUUAACUUUUUACUUUCUUUCAUUAUGCCAAGAUUGGCUGGAAUUUUAGAAGCCCUCAAUGAAGAAGAAAUUGAAAGACGCAGGUUUAAAAGAAAAAUGCGUACUAGGUACCUCCAAAGAUCCAUUCCCGACUUCGAGUUUGUAUCUAAAUACAGACUCAGUCGGGAAGUCUUCGAGAAUCUUUGUCAGUAUGUGGUACGAUUAUUACCCCUGCCUAAAAAUAGUCGAGCAAUCGAUCCAAUAACCAAAAUUCUCACUGCAUUAAAUUUUUAUGCCAGUGGUAGCUACCAGGGUGCAGUCGGACAAAAUUUAGACACCACUAUGGCUCAGCAGUCUGUCUCAAACUGCAUCAGGGAUGUAACAGAUGCCCUAAAUACACCCUAUAUACUAAGGAAAUAUAUAAGAUUUCCUCAGUCCAGGGAAGACAGGAACAUAUUGAAGAGAAAUUUUGCUACACAGUAUGGUAUCCCUGGUGUUAUAGGAUGUAUCGACAGCACCCAUGUAGCUAUAAUUCGGCCAACAGUCAAUGAAGAAAGAUUUUUCAAUAGAAAACAUUACCACUCUUUAAAUGUUCAAGUUAUUGCUGACAGUAAUUUAAAAAUUAUGAAUAUUGACGCCUCUUAUGGUGGUGCCACUCAUGAUGCAUUCAUUUGGGAGCAUAACGAGAUCAAAGAUCAUUUGGAGAGUCUUCAAGGAGAAACAACUUAUUUGCUGGGUAUAUAAAGAUUAGAAGAGAGCCAUACGUUCUAUUUAUGGUAUGGGUUCGAGAUAGUCAUUACAUCAAGGCUUUAAAGAAUCAAAUAUCCUCACCGUUGCCUCACAGUACAUUUAUGAAAUAUUAUGUAUACAAGGAAAAACUUAGAUAGUUUCAAGAAACUUAAAGACUGUACAAGUAGAAACUUAUGCAAUAAAAAUAUACUAAUUUUACCUAAAUGCUGUUAAAAUUGAUAUUAAACAAAUGUUAUGUAAAAAAGCCUAUUAUAGGAUAGAUGAAUUCAUAGAUGACAGCAAUAUAAUAAGUUUAUUUGAAUAAAUGAUUUUCUAUUCUAUUCUAUUAGAAGUUAAGGCAUUACUUAUUUACAAAAUUAAAA